CUCAUGCAGGGUAAGGGAGACAAGGCUGACAUUGAGAAGCGAGUGGCCCAAAUCAAGGAUGAGAUCGAGCUGAGCACAUUGGAAUAUGAGAAAGAGAAACUGAGUGAACGACUUGCCAAGCUGUCCAAUGGAGUGGCCGUGUUGAAGGUUGGUGCAUGGAGACUAUUGUGGUCUGUAGGGUGGUCUUAUUCCAGGAUGGAGGGCCAUGUUGAAGGUUGGUGCAUGGCGACUAUUGUGGUCUGUAGGGUGGUCUUAUUCCAGGAUGGAGGGCCGUAUGCUACCCAUGCUGCUGUGGAGGAGGGCAUUGUUGCGGGAGGCGGCACCGCUCUGCUCAGAUAUAUGCCUGUACUGGAUGAAAUUAAACCCGACAAUAAUGACCAGAAAAUAGGUAUUGAGAUUGUACGCAAGGCCCUGAGGAUGCCAUGUCUCACCAUUGCAUUAAAUGCUGGCGUCGAAGCCCACGUCGUAGUGGAGAAGGUCCUCAAUGAGAAGGGAGACUUCGGGUAUGAUGCACUCAAUGGAGAGUUUGGGAAUCUCAUCGAGAAGGGAAUUAUUGACCCAACAAAGGUUGUGAGGACAGCAAUUGUUGAUGCAGCAGGAGUAGCCUCCCUUCUCACCACAGCAGAGGUGGUUGUCACGGAAAUCCCCAAGGAGGAGCCAGCUGCACCAGCUGGAGGCAUGGGUGGUAUGGGAGGGAUGGCUGGUAUGGAAGAGAUGGGUGGUAUGGGAGGGAUGGGCUUCUAACGGAAUUCCACAGAACCACCGUUGUGUGAUAAUGUGAGUCAGAAUUGUUUUGCACAGUUUCUGAGAAGACUGAUCAUUGAACUCUGAUGGACUCUGGAGAUGAUGAUACCGACUGAGAUUGGUUUGAUUUCCCACAAGGUUUCCAUUAGCAGCUAGUCCUUGUGUGAUAUUGUGGGUGGACAAGCAAGCAGAGUGAACUGUCCUAUUCUGGGUCAGUUCCCUAUAAAGUAACUAUCAUUAACACAUUCUGCGUUUUGUAACCAAUUAGUCCUCUUGGGUUAUAAGGGUGCCCUCAUGUUGUUGUCUCUUUUCCCCCAGAGCAGAUAAGUGUUAAAUGAUAAUCAUAGCUGUAUCGACCAAUAGUGAAAGAGAUAGCUUGGUGCAGGAUCCUGAUGUAUGUGCAGGAUCCUGAUGUACGUGCAAGAUGUUCUCGAAGAUAGUCCAUCCC